AUAAUCAACGCCAUUAGGGAACUGAGCUGCCUUGUGGCAAAAAGAUACAUUAGAUUAGUAGAUAAGACAGAAAACUAUUAUUUCAAAACACGCCCCCAAUCUCAGUGUUUGUUGACAUUCGACGCUAUUGUUAUGGUAGUAAACAUGGAUAUUUUUAAAUUACCAAUAAUAAUAUUAUUAUUUACAACAAAUACUUUUGUAAUAACUGAAGAAGAAUUUUGUUCGAUUGAGAAGCCAUCAUGUUCUGACAAAAAACAAUAUGAAGAGUUAAGCGAUCUCGAUAACAAUUACAAGGACUAUUAUGACUUAAUAACAAGAGCUGAGGAUGAUUAUAAGGAGUGCGAAGCAAAAAAAUGCGGCUGCUUUACUGACGUUAUCUCUCAAGAUCUUGAGCCAUUUAAAUCAGAUGGUAUCAGUAAAAAAUUGAUUGAUUAUUCAUUAUCCAGAGGAAGUAUUUAUCAAAUAAUAAAUGGAGAAUUAUUCAGAUCUAAAGAAUGCAUGUUCCCAUCAAGAUGUGCCGGAAUUGAGCACUUUAUUAAUAAAAUCGUCGCUAAUGUGACAGACACUGAGUUUUUGAUUAACACCCGAGAUUAUCCUCAAUCAAGCAGACACUUUGGGACUGCGCUGCCCAUAUUUUCUUUCAGUAAAACUCCGGAGUAUUAUGACAUCACUUAUCCUGCCUGGUCCUUCUGGGAAGGAGGCCCUGCCAUCUCAUUGUACCCUCGUGGGCUCGGUAGGUGGGACCAGCACCGCAAAUCUUUGGAUAAAGCCAGCCAGGAAAAUCCUUGGGACGAGAAAAAAUCACAGGCAUUUUUUCGCGGCUCAAGAACUAGCUUCGAGCGUGAUAAUUUAAUUUUACUGAGUCGGGAACAACCGGAACUUGUUGAUGCUCAGUACACAAAAAAUCAGGCCUGGAAGUCUGACGAAGAUACACUUCACAGACCACCAGCUCCAGAAGUUUCAUUAGAAAAUCAUUGCAAGUACAAAUAUUUAUUCAAUUAUCGCGGAGUAGCAGCUUCAUUUAGACACAAACAUUUAUUUUUGUGUAAUUCAUUGGUCUUCCAUGUCGGUGACGAGUGGACUGAAUUUUACUACUCUGCAAUGAAGCCUUGGAUUCAUUAUAUUCCAGUUUCCAAAGAUGCUAGCAAACAAGAACUCGAACGACUGAUUAAAUUUGCACGAGACAACGAUGAAAUAUCACGGAAAAUAGCUCAACGUGGUCGUGAUUUUAUCUGGAAAAAAUUACGAAUGUCGACAAUAGAUUGCUAUUGGAAAAAAUUACUCCAAAAAUACACAAAACUCCUUACUUAUAAGCCAACAAAAAGAGAAAACAUGCAACCGAUUAAUCGAAGAUGA